AUGUGGACGUCCACUAGUGGUUUGAGUGGGCGGGCGCUCAGAUUGAGCAUCACCUUCACCGCUGUCAUGGGUUUCUCACUCUUCGGCUACAACCAGGGUAUGAUGGCUGGUAUUCUGAACGGUAAAGAAUUCGUGGAUACCUUCCCCAUUCUCAAGAUGCCCGAGGAUCCUACCGCCUCGCAAAAACACUACAUCGAUGUCAUCCGUGGUGGUGUCACCUCCUGUUACGAACUCGGCUGCUUCUUCGGUGCUCUCUUCUCUAUGUUCUACGGUGAUGCACUCGGCCGUACUCGCCUCAUCGCCAUGGGUGCCAGCACUCUCAUUCUCGGCGCUCUUAUUACUACCGUCUGCUACAGGGCUCAUUGGGAAGUUGGUCAGUUCGUCAUUGGUCGUGUUGUGUCGGGUAUUGGAAACGGCAUGAACACCGCUACCAUCCCCGUCUGGCAGUCAGAGUGCUCUGGUGCUCACAACCGUGGUUUCCUGGUUUGCUUCGAGGGUGCUAUGAUUGCCGGUGGUACCUUCAUCGCCUACUGGGUGGUGUUCGGUCUAUCGCACGUAUCCAGCAGUGUGCAGUGGCGAUUCCCCAUCGCACUCCAAAUCUUCUUCGCCAUUAUCGUGCUUGUCGGCGCCUUGCUUCUCCCUGACUCCCCUUCAUGGUUCGUGAAGAGAGGUCUGGACAAGGAGGCUUGUGAAGUUCUCGGAAAGAUCAAGGGUGCUUCCCCCGACUCUGACCAGGUCCUUUACGAGUUCAACUUCCUGAAGGCCGACGUCGAAAAUUCCCAGGCCUCCCAAUCUGGCUGGAAGACUGUCUUCACUGGUGGCAAGACCCAGGAGUUCCAACGUAUGAUCAUUGGUUGCUCCGGUCAGUUCUUCCAACAGUUCACUGGCUGUAACGCCGCCAUUUACUACUCCACCCUUCUUUUCCAGGAGAACCUUCACAUGGGUGAAUACCUGUCUCUGAUUAUGGGUGGUGUUUUCGCUUCCGUAUACGCCCUUGCUACCAUCCCGUCCUUCUUCAUGAUCGAAAAGGUCGGUCGUCGCAACCUUUACCUCAUUGGAUUCUUGGGUCAGGGUCUUUCUUUCGUCAUUACAUUCGCCUGUCUGAUCGACCAGAACACCGAGACUGCCAAGGGAGCCGCUGUCGGAAUCUUCCUCUUCAUCGUGUUCUUCGCGUUCACUUUGCUGCCUCUCCCCUGGAUCUACCCCCCGGAAAUCAACCCUCUCCGCACCCGUACCGUCGGUGCCUCCGCCUCCACCUGUACCAACUGGAUCUGUAACUUCGCCGUCGUGAUGUUCACCCCUCUCUUCGCCGGACAGAGCCCAUGGGGUGUCUACCUCUUCUUCGCGCUGUUCAACUUCAUCGGCCUGAUCUUCGGAUUCUUCUUCUACGUCGAGACAGCCGGUCGCGAACUCGAGGAGAUCGACAUCAUCUACGCCAAGGCCCACGUCGAAGGAAAGAUGGCCUGGAGAGUCGCCAACACCCUCCCCAAGCUCACCUUCGAGCAGAUUGCCGAGCAAUCUCGCGCCCUGGGCUUGGAAGUCAGUGACCACGCCACCAACGAGAAGAAUGAGCUUGGUCUCAGCAGUGGUGACAGUGGUCGGGAGAUCGAGGAGGUUCGUGAGAAAUGA